AUGUCUCUGUCUUCAAGAACCGUAUUUGCGGUUUUGUGUUUUCUGUUCCUGCUGGCUCCAUGCUUUACCAGAGCAACAACAACCGAUGUUGUUCAGUCAAGAUGCGAUUCUCACAACUUCAACAACGGCAAACACUUUCGUUCUUGCAUCGACCUUCCGGUGUUAGACUCGUUUCUACACUUCAGUUAUGUCCGUGAAACCGGAGUCCUUGAAGUCGCGUACCGCCACACCAACAUCGAGUCUUCUAGUUGGAUCGCUUGGGGCAUAAACCCGACGGGCAAAGGCAUGUUAGGCGCUCAAACUCUCUUGGCUUACCGUAACUCCACUUCCGGUUCUAUGCGCGCCUAUACUUCCUCAAUCAAGAGCUACUCAACUAUGCUUCAAGAAGGUCCUCUCAGCUUCCGUGUCACGCAGUUAUCCGCCGAAUAUCUCAACGGAGAGAUGACUAUCUUCGCCACCAUAGUGUUACCUUCUAACACGACCGUUGUGAACCAUCUGUGGCAAGACGGUCCCUUGAAGGAAGGAAACCGACUUGGGAUGCACGCAAUGGGUGGAGACCAUCUCAAAUCCAUGGCUACUUUGGAUUUGCUCUCCGGACAAGUCACGGCCACAAAACCAGCAAACGGCAACAUGUUACGAGUCAAGCAAAUCCAUGGAGUAGUGAACGCUGUGAGUUGGGGGAUUUUCAUGCCCAUUGGAGCCAUGGCUGCAAGGUACAUGAGGACCUACCAAGGACUGGAUCCCAUGUGGUUCUACGUUCACAUCUUUUUCCAAACCACCGGUUAUUUGGCCGGUUUGUUGGGAGGACUAGGAACCGCAAUCUAUAUGGCAAAGCAUACCGGGAUGAGAGCCACGCCGCAUACUGUGAUAGGGUUGGUUCUGUACUGUCUAGGGUUACUGCAGAUACUUGCGCUCAAAGCAAGACCGGACAAAGACCAUAAGUAUAGAAGAUACUGGAAUUGGUACCAUCACACUAUGGGAUAUCUUGUGAUCGUACUAAGCAUCUACAACAUCUACAAAGGCUUAGCCAUCUUGCGACCUGGAAGCUCAUGGAUGAUUGCUUACACUGCCAUCAUCGGUGUCAUUGGAUUGUUUGCGAUCGUGAUGGAGAUUCUGCAAUUCAACAAGAGAUGGGCUGGCUUGUGCUUCAAGAAAUCUCAAGGCCUAGAAGCCGAUCAAACUGCUCGUAUUGAUGUCUAG